CAAGGACUGAACCCAAGGCUAUGCUACGUAGCAGCCACGACGGUGUUAGAGUCACCAAGCUUGAUAGACACAUGAAGGAUCCGUGUCUUCUCUUCUACUGAAGCUCGUUGUCGUGCUCGUUGUCGUCGCUGGUUGUAGUUGCUCACGCGUUCAUAUCCGAAAACAGGACAUCCCUUGGAAUACCCUAGACGCCCGUACACAGCAGCCUUUCUUCACUCACACCACUAUGUCCAACUCACCCCCACCCGUAAAUAAUCCCUACGACCCUGCAAACGCCCUCGACGACAUCUCAGGUCUUCACUGGGCCCUCCAUGAGUUUCUUCAAUCUCGCAUGCACGAAAGCGAACGAUUCUGCGAGCAAAGCGAUCCAGAAAAACAAAGAUUGUACUUUGCGACUGGACUUGGCCUUAUUCAAUGUGUGAAGGGUCUCAUGUCUUUUGAGGAUAAGGUUCGAUCUCUGGCCGCUAUCAACGACACCAAGCACGGCAUCGCUGUCGCUUCUGCACAUCGCAAACGCCCCAGCAGCUUCGCAGGUCGUCUUGCAGGGUACAUCGUUCCCUCACUCAGCACGAGCGGUACAGAAUGGAUUGCAGGUAUGACGCCCGUGGAGCGUCAUGCUGAACUUGUCUAUGCAGAGAGUCUCUAUCAAAAGAGUCUUCUCGGGAUAGUCUAUUCAGGCGAUUGGCUCAACAUGCGCACAACUAUCUCCAUAUACCGUCAACUUGGUAAAUGGAUCGAGACGGUCGACGCAGCAUACGCUAUUGCCCACCCCGAACUACUAGCUGCCAUUUCAAUGCCAAAUCCCACACCGGAAACGGGAACGGAUAUCGAAGAAACGCCACCAGAAUCUAGCACCACGAGCUUUGCAAGCGCUAACUCAUCCUCUGUCGCACAUUCACCUCUCCCUUCCCCCGAACAAACAUCUACACGGGACCUCACCUCCCCACCAUCCAACGCAACGUCAUCCCCUACACACCCGUACCUCCCCUCCCCAACCAUAGAUCCUCAUUUCCGCUCUGGCGUAUACUUAGGUCUUGGUAUGUCCCAUCUUGUGCUCAGUAUGAUGCCCGGGAAACUCCUCGCGCUGGUGGAGUUGUUUGGGUAUAAGGGCGAUAGGAAGUUCGGAUUGGAGUUGCUGGAGAGGGCUGGGGGAUGGGGUGCAAACGGGAGAGUGGUCGAGAAGGAAGCAGAAGGCGUCCGACGUGCAAUCUGCGAUAUGUCGCUACUCAUCUUCCACCUCGUCCUCUCGGCGUUUACGUUCGAAGGCGUCGAUGUGCGCAAGGCUGCGAGGGUGUUGGAGUGGAAUUUGAAGAGGUAUCCGAAUGGCGUCUUCUUCCUAUUCGGCGCAGGUCGCCUCGCCCUCGUCCGUUCCCAGCCCUCAAAAGCCCUCGUCUACUACGCACGCGCUGCACAAGCUCAAACACAGUAUAAGAACUUACACCAUAUUUCGUGGUGGGAGAGUGCGGUUGCUUGUUUAGGGCUUUGGAGAGUCGCGGAAAGUAGAUCGUGGUGGGGAAAACUCGGAGGCGAGGCUACGUGGUCCAAAGCAACAUAUACAUACGGUGAAGCGGCAUGUUUAGCCACGCUCGGCGAGCACACAGAAGCGAAGAAGCUCAUGGAGCGUGUCCAGGGGUUGAGGCAGAAAAUUGCAGGGAAGAGCAUUCCUGUCGAGAAAUUCGUCGCUCGCAAAGCCCGUAAAUAUCUCGCUCAAUCCGACAGACUUCUCCUCCCGGCCCUAGAGCUCGCCUAUGUAUUCCACGCGAUCGCGCAUGCUCCCAGGGAAGUUAUUGUGAAGGAGAUGAUUCCUGCUCUUGGAGGCGCUUUGGGCGAGCUGGGUUUGGUGCUUUCCUCUGAGAGUGAGGGUUUGGCAUCGUCUGAGUCUGGAGGGAGUGGGGGCGGUGCCAAGGAGAAUGGGGCCAAGAAAGGCAAGGGCAAGAAGCUGGAGUCGCGGAGUGGGUAUUGGGAUGAUGGCGUGUGUUGGCGAUUUGUUGCAUAUCCGGACCCGGAUGCUGAACUCGAACCUGAUGAAAAGAUCCCUUUCUCAUCAGAGGACGCGCGCUCAUACUCGGAGCGCGCGUUCCGUGCAGUCUUUGAGCACGGACCUAACAUCGAGUUGGACCAUUAUAUCGUGUAUUAUGCACAUUUUGAGUACGGGAGGCUACUAGCGCGAUCAGGUAACAAGGAUGGUGCGAGGACGCAGUUUGAUCUUGUUAUGUCGGGAAAGCCGCUUGAGGUGAAUGCUGCAGGACGAAAGGGUAAAUAUAGUCUAGAGGUACGAAACACGUCUUAAAUAAGAACGAACCAACGAGACUACUAACUAACUUUUACGCUCUUCUCAUUACAGAACGCACUUCAUAUGAGGACGCAUGCAGCGCUAGAAGCAUUAGACCAGAACCGACUGCUGUAAUACCCGUUGAUACCAACGGAGACGGACUCAAUUUCAAAUCAUAUCUAUUCGUAUAUCUAUCGAUACGUCGUGCGUAGUGUUUUGCAUACUUACGAUCGGGUGAUACCUGCAUACCUACUUACAUAUCAUUUGUUGCGGCCUGAUUCCAUCUGGCUGAGCUGGAUACAAUCUAUGACUUGGCAUUCUACCCUUAGACUUUAAUAUUUGUACUUGUUGACUUGGACAGCCAUCCAUCACUGAAAUUAUGCCAUUGAUCACUCUGAGCUCCCAAAA